CUCAACGUAAACGGAUCAAGACAUUGAACUAAAAGUUAGUAAAAGCUAAAAUAUAAUUAGCAGAAAUUCAAAAAAGUAUUGACAUACUAUAUUUUUAACAAAUUUAAAAAGCAAAAUUGUGUAUUGAAAAAUAAAUUUUGGUUGUAUUAGUUGAAAAACUUUGUUUCAAAAAGCAAACAAAAAAAAACUACAGUAAAGUGUGCGCGCAUUAUUAAAGAUAGUUGCUCAAGCCAUUUGCUAUUUAAAGUCAACUUUUUACAACAAAAAAUCUACAUUGCAAACAAAAUGUGCUCACUAAAAGUGUGUUUAAUCUUCGUUGUUGCUGUGAUUGCUAUCAGCUGCAUAAGUAAAACCAAUGCUGCGGUAUUCACACAACCUGCUGCCUUCCAUCCUGCGCAUCAUGGCAAGUGCUUUGAUAAAAUCACCCGUCGUGCUAUGCUGCCCAACAAGGAGUACAAGCCGAAGGGCAUAUGCGCAGUUAUGACAUGUAACAUACAAGCACAAACAAUCAACAUUGAAACCUGCCCCUACGUGGAAAUGCCCGGCUGUGAGGAGUUGCCUACCGAUCCUAAUUGGUCAUUCCCCAAGUGUUGUCCACAAUUCAAGUGUACCGAUUUCAAGACUGGCAAGGAGUUCAUUGUGUCGCUGUAGAGGCUGUACACCAAUACCACCACAACCACAACCAACAGCAGCAGCAGCAAUGCGCAAGCAAACAAACAAAAAUAAUACUCAAGUGCCGCACGCCAUACGACGGCGUGUGGCGCAAAAACGUGAUUUUAUGCUUUUAUUUACCAUUACUACCUUUAACUACAAUUACAACUACAAAGUACUAUUUUUAAGUGUGUGAAUCGCCUAAGGAACGUGUCUUUACUGAAUGAGUGUUCUUUGAAGAUUUUAAUUAAUUUUAUAUUUUUGUUAUUUUAACUAUUUCCGCUCAUUUUGAACUUCAUUAGUGCGUAAGAUUAUUUAUUGAAAAAACAAAAAACAAAAUCAAAAUCAAAACAAAUCAAACUGUAAAUACUCGUUUUUCACCUACUUCUUACUUUUUUUAAAUAAUUAUUAUUUACUUUUGUUUUUAUAUUU